AUGGAGGGUCUGGGCCGCUCGUGCCUGUGGCUGCGCCGGGAGCUAUCGCCCCCGCGCCCGCGGCUGCUGCUGCUCGACUGCCGCAGCCGUGAGCUCUACGAGUCGGCGCGCAUCGGCGGGGCGCUGAGCGUGGCCCUGCCCGCUCUGCUGCUGCGCCGCCUGCGGCGGGGGAGCCUGUCGGUGCGAGCGCUCCUGCCUGGGCCGCCGCUGCAGCCACCGCCGCCCGCCCCGGUGCUCCUGUACGACCAGGGCGGGGGCCGGCACCGGCGCACCGAGGCCGAGGCUGAGGAGUGGGAGGCCGACUCGGUGCUGGGCACUCUGCUGCAGAAGCUUCGGGAGGAAGGCUACCUGGCCUACUACCUACAGGGUGGCUUCAGCAGAUUCCAGGCCGAGUGCCCUCACCUCUGUGAGACCAGCCUCGACCGCCGGGGGAGCCCGAGCAUGGCCCCACUGCCCAGCCCAGUGGUGGGGCUGGGGGGCCUGUGCCUGGGCUCCGACUGCUCUGAUGCGGAUUCCGAGCCUGACCGUGAUGCAAUGAGCUGCGGCCUGGAUUCGGAGGGUGCCACGCCCCCCCCAGCAGGGCUGCUGCCGUCCUUCCCUGUCCAGAUCCUGCCCAACCUCUACCUGGGCAGUGCCCGCGAUUCGGCCAACGUGGAGAGCUUGGCCAAGCUGGGCAUCCGCUACAUCCUUAAUGUCACCCCCAACCUCCCCAACCUCUUCGAGAAGAAUGGCGACUUUCACUACAAGCAGAUCCCCAUCUCAGACCACUGGAGCCAGAACUUGUCCCAAUUCUUUCCGGAGGCCAUUGCGUUCAUCGACGAGGCCUUGUCGCAGAACUACGGGGUGCUCGUUCACUGUCUGGCGGGCGUCAGCCGAUCCGUCACUGUCACCGUGGCCUACCUCAUGCAGAAGCUGCACCUCUCGCUCAAUGACGCCUACGAUCUGGUCAAGAGGAAGAAGUCCAACAUCUCGCCCAACUUCAGCUUCAUGGGGCAGCUGCUGGACUUCGAGCGCAGCCUGCAGCUGGAAGAGCGCCGUGCCCAGGAGAGGGGCAGUGGAGGGCAGGAGUCGGCUGCCUCUGAUCCCCCCUCUUUCUUCACCACCCCGACCAGUGAUGGCGUCUUCGAGCUGGAUGCCACAUAG